AGAGCGGCUGCCCGGCUCGCGGCGCUCGGCACAGCGCAGCGCUCCGCACCGCACCGCACCCGCACCCGCACCCGCAUCCGCAGCAGAUGACUGAUUUUGGAAUCAAGAACAUGGAUCAGGUAGCUCCUGUGUCUAACCUCUACAGAGGAAUCCUCAAGCGUCAGCCAGCGUUUGACACCUUUGAUGGAGCAAACUCUUUAUUUGCUGGAUAUUUUCCCACAUUAAAUGAAGAUCAGACGCUUCAAGAAGUGCCAACAGGCUUUGAUUCAACUUCUUAUGAGUCAAACAACUGUGAAUUGCCACUCUUGACCCCAUGCAGUAAGGCUGUGAUGAGUCAGGCCUUAAAAGAUACUUUUAAUGGUUUCACCAAAGAACGGUGUCGCCUGGGUAUUCCAAAUAACCCUUGGCUGUGGACUGAAAACCAAGUUUGUCAAUGGCUUUUAUGGGCUACCAAUGAAUUUACUUUGGCCAAUGUAAACUUUCAUCGGUUCCUCAUGAAUGGCCAAAACUUGUGCAGCUUGGGCAAGGAACAUUUCCUGGAGCUGGCACCUGAUUAUGUGGGGGAGAUUCUGUGGGAACACCUGGAACAGAUGAUAAAAGACAGCCAAGAAAAGACACAAGAUCAGUAUGCUGAAUCGUCUCAUCUCACCUCUGUCCCUCACUGGGUCAACAACAACUCAUUAAGUGUUAAUAUGGAACAGAACCCAUAUGGUAUGCUGCUACCUAGCUACCCCAAAACCCUCAGUUACUCCAAACCCAAUCUCCUGAAUGAUGUGUGUCAGACUUCUGCAAGACCAAACCUCCUCAACCCAGAUCAAGAAUUUCCAAUAUUCCCCAAAACUCAACUAGAAACAGUUGGUGUGAACUACUGCUCCAUGAACCAGGAUUUCUCAAGAAAUCUGAAUUUGCUGAUAGAUAAUUCUGGUAAGCUUAGAGAGCAUGAAUCAAGUGACAGUGGCACAGAAAGCUAUGAAAGUUCAGAUUCCUUGCUUCAGUCCUGGAACAGCCAGUCAUCUUUAGUGGACUUACAACGUGUCCCAUCCUAUGAAAGUUUUGAAGAUGACUGUAACCAGUCUCUGUGUCUCAACAAACCUACAAUGUCUUUCAAAGACUACAUUCAAGAAAGAAGUGAUCCUGUAGAGCAAGGGAAACCAGUUAUACCUGCAGCAAUUCUAGCUGGCUUUACAGGCAGUGGACCUAUACAACUAUGGCAAUUCCUUCUGGAGUUACUAACUGACAAGUCCUGUCAGUCAUUUAUUAGCUGGACCGGAGAUGGAUGGGAGUUUAAACUUGCUGACCCAGAUGAGGUGGCGCGACGGUGGGGAAGAAGGAAAAACAAGCCAAAAAUGAACUAUGAGAAGCUGAGCCGAGGCUUACGCUACUAUUAUGACAAGAAUAUCAUCCACAAGACUUCAGGGAAACGUUAUGUAUAUCGCUUUGUAUGUGACCUACAGAACUUGCUGGGGUACACAGCAGAGGAGCUGCAUGCCAUGCUAGGAGUACAGCCAGACACAGAAGACUGAGCACAGCAAUCUGAAAAACUGGCAGAGAUCACGUGUUCAAACUGACAAGGAACCAUCUGCAGGCAGCUUUUUUGACUGUCCAGAUUGGUGCAACUGUUAAGAAAUAAGGACCUUAAAGAAACAAUGUUGUAACCAGGGAAAGUUGAAGGAAGAAGUGGCCUUAUUUCAUCAGAUGCAAUGGCGUCAUAAAUUGCUGCAUCGGUCCCUUGAACAGAACGGAAGUCAGCAUGGGGCCAAACUCCAGCCUGAAGACAAAGAAAGGCUCUAGGAUUAAAUGGUUUUUUGGCUGUGUGCACUGCCAUAUUCAUCUGGGUGGUUUUUAAAACCAAAGCUUGGAUGACAGACCAGGGAUGCAUCAGAAUUCUAGCUCAAAACUUAAAUUAUCACUAUAGCUUACAUUGUAUAUUAUGAUCCAUUUAAAAAAAAAAAAAACACUAUUUAUUUAAAAUGGGCAGUAAAAAGAAUCUGUAGUCUCUUCUAAAGUACAUCUUUGUUAUACAUGAGCAUACUGCACAUGUACAGAAAUGCGUCAGAACCAGGCGUAGCAAUUGUAAAGUUCUCUCGGCAGAGGGGGAGGAAAUCUCACCAUUUCAACAGUCAGUUUGUGUAUAUAUUCUGCGAUUUUUUCCUUUUUGAAAUUCUGUAAUGUUCCUAUUUAACAGAUACUGUAUAUUGUAAUUUAAACUAAUUGUAUGUGUGGUUUUUUUUAACUAGGAAGACCUUAAACAUAAAUGUUUGUUUCAUGUUUGAAUAGGACAUACAACCUUCUACAAAUAUUUAAUCUGCCUGAGGGACGUUAUAAAAUGCUAGGAACAUGUACAUGCUGUUGUAUAUGCUGGUAGUAUAAAAGUCAUACAGAGGGUUUCAUUCAACAUUUUGCCAUGAAUGUAGCUGGCAAAUUCUUUACACAUCUUGGCAUUUUUACAAGAAACUUGGACAUAAAGGGCCUGUUUUGUGGUUUCUCCUCUACCUGAAAGUUAAAAUAUGACUAUGGAUAAAUGUCAUUUUUCUUUGAUAAAUGGCAUAUGUUUUGAACUUCUAUGCAUGUCCUCUUUUUUAAAAAAAAUUGUAUACAAGCAAAUUUUUUUUCAGUUGAUUUGUUUUUUCUUUACUUUUUGGUUCCAGUUUAUCCUGUAUGAAUUCUAUUUUUGGAAAUAUUUGUGACUCCUUUUCAGAGAUCAGGAGGAAUUUAUGUAGCAGCUAUUUUUACUGCAAAAACAAUUCACUGGAAAAAUGUAAUUUGUAAGAAAGCUUUAUUUUUUAUCUGAGCUUGAUGUACAUUUAAAUGUGGUGUACAUUGUGAGAGGUUUAAAAAAAAAUCAAAUGUUUAUUAAAACCUCUUGGGGAAAGAAA